UCACUGGUGGGGAGUCGCGUGUAUCAGCGCUCCUCUCUGGAUAUCGUCUUCAUCUCGUCGUUUGAGCGCUCCUCCUGUCUCUCCUCCGCUCCUUUAAUCCGUGUCGCAGGAAGAGAAAGGAAGAAAGGGGAAAGGGCACGCGAAGAGAAGUGAACCGGUCCGCGAUUCAUUCCAGAUGGCUGAUUCUGAAUCAGUGGAUGAGAUUGGGCUCAUGGGUUCAGGGCUGUAGAGCUGGUGACAGGCGGCAAUUCUCUCACAGCACUGUCUCCGGUUUGGCUUUAGGUUUGUUGGAAUUCGGGAGAAAUCUCAAGACAUGGAGGGCUGUUAGUUUGAUGAAGAAUACAGAGAGUUGUUCUGUUGUUUGCAGCUGCUGACUUUGUGCCAAAUUUCCAAUCAGAAAUUCCCGUGGCCUGCCUUUGAAGCAAAAUUGCCAGUUUUGUGAGAUGGUCACAUGACAGCAGUAUGAUUUUCAAUUUGCAGCUUUAGGCUCGGCUUAGAGAACAGUCAGACUCUCACUCCAACACACUCCCACACAUGUGCGGCUUUUGCCAUGAAUUUGGCCACCAAGCUGCGGAGGAAUCUGAGGAGGCUUGUCAUCCUCCUCGCCACCUUCUGUAUGGUCAGUGUUUUAAUUUCUGCUUACUACCUAUACACAGGCUCCACCCAAGAACUGGAUCUCGCAGACCGCGCCUUAGGCUCGGACUGUGCGCAUCUCCGAGCGCUCCCUUUCCAUCAGUCAGAGCCUCGGACGCCUAAACCAAUCGAUCCGUCUCGGAAGGACCCAGUGGUGUUGGUGUUUGUGGAGAGUCAGUAUUCUCAACUUGGACAGGACAUCAUCGCCAUCCUCGAAUCCAACCAAUUCCAGUACCACGCCGAAAUCGCUCCGGGGAAGGGCGACAUUCCCCCGUUAACGCACAAAGGACGUGGACGCUAUGCAUUGGUCAUCUACGAAAACCUUCUCAAGUAUGUUGGGAUGGACGCGUGGAACCGUGACUUGCUGGAUAAAUACUGUGCCGAAUACAGCGUCGGUGUCAUCGGAUUUCACCGUGCAAGUGAAAACUCCCAGCCUGCUUUGCAGCUGAAGGGUUUUCCUGUGACGUUACGAACGAACGUCGCACUUCAAGACUGCUGCGUGAACCCACGCUCGCCUCUGCUCUAUAUAACACGGGCUGAAGUUGACCGAGGGUCAUUACCGGGAGAGGAUUGGACUGUGUUUCAGUUCAACCACUCCACGUAUGAACCAGUGCUAUUGGCCAAAACUCGACCUUUUGAGAAUGGGGCAGGACAGACACUAGGUGCCCACGGGCUCCAUGCUACAGUUGUACAGGACUUGGGUCUGUUCGAUGGGGUGCAGCGUGUGCUGUUUGGUAAUGGGCUGAGCUACUGGUUGCACAGACUCAUACUGGUGGAUGCCAUUGCCUAUCUCACAGGCAGGAAGCUGUCGCGAUCACUGGAACGCUACAUCCUGGUUGACAUUGACGAUAUUUUCGUGGGGAAGAAAGGGACACGAAUGAAUGUGAAUGAUGUUAAGGCUCUUUUGGAAACGCAGAACGCAUUGAGGUCAUACAUCUCAAACUUCACCUUUAACUUGGGGUUUUCUGGAAAAUUCUUCCAUACAGGUACGCAGGACGAAGAUGAUGGAGAUGAUCUGUUGCUGAAAUAUGUCGAUGAGUUCUGGUGGUUUCCUCACAUGUGGAGUCACAUGCAGCCUCAUCUCUUCCACAACGAAUCCUCUCUGAUGGAGCAAAUGAUUCUGAACAAAGACUUCGCUCUGGAGCAUGGUAUUCCAGUUGAUCUGGGAUAUGCAGUGGCCCCUCAUCAUUCUGGUGUGUAUCCAGUCCAUAUUCAGCUCUACGAGGCUUGGAAAAAAGCCUGGGGAAUACGGGUGACCAGUACAGAGGAAUAUCCACACCUAAAACCCGCACGGCACCGCAAGGGAUUCAUCCAUAACAACAUCAUGGUGCUGCCCCGUCAGACAUGUGGUUUAUUCACACACACCAUCUUCUAUAAGGAGUAUCCGGGUGGCCCUAAGGAACUUGACAGAAGUAUUCGAGGAGGAGAGCUUUUUCUCACCGUCCUGCUUAACCCUAUCAGUAUAUUUAUGACUCAUCUCUCCAAUUACGGGAACGACCGCUUAGGAUUAUAUACGUUCACAAACCUGGCCAACUUCCUGAAGUGCUGGACCAACCUGAGGUUGCACACGCUCCCCCCUCGACAGCUCGCGCACAAGUACUUCACGCUCUUUCCUGAACAAAGAAACCCGCUCUGGCAGAACCCAUGUGACGACAAACGGCACAAAGACAUCUGGUCCAAAGAGAAGACCUGUGACAGGCUUCCCAAGUUCAUGGUGGUCGGGCCUCAGAAAACUGGCACGACGGCGCUCUACCUCUUUCUUCUCAUGCAUCCCUACAUCUCCAGCAACUUCCCCAGUGCAAAAACAUUCGAGGAAGUUCAGUUUUUCAACACCAACAAUUACCACAAAGGCAUCGACUGGUAUAUGGAGUUUUUUCCCAUACCGUCUAAUGUCAGUACAGACUUCCUUUUUGAGAAAAGUGCAAACUACUUCCCUUCUGAGGAGACACCGAAACGUGCCGCCGCUCUCCUGCCCAAAGCCAAAAUCCUCACUCUGCUAAUCAACCCUUCAGACAGGGCCUACAGCUGGUACCAGCAUCAAAGGGCUCAUGAAGACCCAGCAGCAUUGCAGUUCAGCUUUUAUGAGGUCAUUUCUGCUGACCAGCUCGCACCACUAGAACUGCGCUCUCUCCAGAACCGCUGUCUCAUACCUGGACUGUACGCCACACACCUGGAGAGAUGGCUCACUUACUACCCUCCAAACCAGAUGAUGAUUAUAGACGGGCAGCAGUUGAGGAAUGAUCCAGCUAAAGUAAUGGAUGAGCUGCAGAAAUUUCUGGGUGUCAUUCCUUAUUACAACUACUCCCAGGCACUAACGUUCGAUCCUCAGAAGGGUUUCUGGUGCCAGCUUUUGGAAGGGGGCCGGACUAAGUGUUUGGGAAAGAGCAAGGGGAGGAAAUACCCGCCCAUGGAUCCUGAGUCACGAGGUUUCCUCUCCAGGUUCUACAGGGAUCAGAACAUUGAAUUAUCUAAGCUGCUACACAGAUUGGGUCAACCCUUACCAGCUUGGCUCAGAGAGGAACUACAGAAAGUCAGGUAGCCCUAACCAAACCACUGCUGCUCUGGGUCAAAGGUCCAAGUUCGCACCUCAAAGGGAAACUUAACUCUUGAACAGUACUGAAUUUCACAAACCUGCAAGCUUGCAGAGCAAAGAUAAAACAAUUUAACUCGGCUGUUAUUGGGACCUGUGGAAAUCGAAACGAAGCGGAUCUACAAUAUGUGUCAAUGGGAAUAUGAAACAUUUGCUGCAAACGGUCACAUUUCGAAUAGACACGACUUGAAGAUCACAGGCAGCCAAAUAUGGACUGCGUAACAAAAAUACUUCAGUUCACAGACUUCCUGUUCCAGUUCUCGUAUAUAUGCUGUCAUUUCCUCCAUCGGACACUGAACAUAAGUACUGCUUUAGGUUUUAUACUUGUCUUUGAGAGAUUUAGAACCGAGUUAGUCGAUAUCUGGCACAAUGUCUGUUCAUAACCUCACACGAUAAAUCAGCCAGUCACAGUAAAGAUGCAAAACUGUAAGAAUCGAGAGCACAGUGAUGUCAUCUGUCAAUUCAUAUCUGAGAAUGUUUCAGCCUAAAGAUUGAAAAUCAUUGAAGUUUCAUUUUGUGUGUGUGCGUGUGUGCGUGUGUAUGCGCGUGUCAUGGCAUAUGUCUGUAGCCAGGUAGCCUUAGUUCUGCCCACUGGACUGCAACUGGUUGGCUGAUGAAAUUGAAGCGUAACUUUUAUUUUUGAAAACAAUUUGCCUCAAUGCGGUGAGAAAGUGCUUUGAAAA